AUGAGUUUAAAAAGAAGAAAAUUUAUUUUGUUGUCUUUUGUUUUGUUGGCUGUGGAACUUAUAAUUGGAUAUGAUAAUAUUAUUAAUAAUUAUGGAGGCUUAUCGAAUGUAGUAGUAUACAAUAAAAAUGUUGGUAUAAAUAAGAAAGGAGAUAAUAUUUAUAAAAAUGAAAUAAAAAGUAGAAUAUUAAAAGAAAAUAAAGAAGAAUCUCUUGAGACUGCUGCUGUUAAUGAAAAGACAAAAGAUGUAAAAGAUUCUUGCAACUAUUCAACACCCUCAUCAGUAUUUAAUAAUGAUAAAGAGAAUACUUCAAGUUUUAUAAAAACUGGUGAAUCAUAUGAAGGGAAUAAUGUUCCGUCUCAAGCUCAAGCAGAUGCAGAAGUAAGUUUAGAAAAUGCACCAGAAAAUUUAAGAACAAAAAGUGCAACUUUAAUAAAUGAUGAUAUGUUAAAUUAUUAUUUAAAUUUUUGUGAUCAAGUUAAUAAUAAAACGUUUCCUUUUAAUGAAUGUACAAAUUUACAUACAUCAGAUAUGGUAACUUUAUGUAAAAAUAAUAAUGAUGAGAAAAGUAAAAUUACAUAUGAUUUAUUAGGAUAUGGAGAAAUGGAUGAUGUUUCAGCAUAUUCUUUAAGCUAUGCUUUAAAUGACGUUGAAACUAUUAAAGAUUGGAAUAAGAAUAUAUACAAAUUAAAUUAUUUAAAUUUAAAAAAAUCCGAUAUUCAAGAAAAAAUAGAUAAAAAUGAAAAAAUUAAUGUUAAUAACUUUAUUUUACAAAAUGAAAAAGAUCUUCCAGAAGAUGAAAGAAAAUAUUUAUAUCUUAUUAAUGGACUUCCUUGGCCUUUUAAAAGUCAGGAUACUAUAUAUGAAGUGUAUCAAAAAUAUUAUAAUAAUAAAAAUAUGUUAUUAAUUAUUAACAAAUCAUUAAAUGAUGUUUUUGAUAAUAAUAGUAGUUAUGCUAGAAUUAAUAAUUAUGAAAACUUUUUCUGUAUCUAUCCAAAAAGUAAAAAUUCAUAUGAUAAAGGAGUAAAAUAUGUUAUGUCCAUUAUAUAUGAUGUUAAUAUUCCUAAAUUUAUUCAAAAUAAUAUACUUAAUCAAAUAUUUCCAGAUCUUAUAUUUAACUUACAUAACACAUCUAUAGCCAUCACAGAUAAAACUGUAGGAACCAUAGUCGACUUGUCAAAAAAUGAACAAAACGCUUGGCAUGCACAUAGUUUAAAAAACGUUAAGUCAGCAGAUACUCCAAACGAUGAACUUGUACAAACGGAUCCAGAAAAUUCUUAUGGAUUGGGGUUUAUUAAAAUGAUAUUUGUUGAUGGCCCUUAUAAUUUAUGGAUCAUCAACGUUAACUUUUUUAAAAAAAUAUUUGGUAUAUUUUUUAAUAAGGAGUAA